AUGUUCACCGAUAUCGAGGCGGCUGAAGCGCUGCUUGAGCUUCGCUACAACACACGUGCCGCAAAUCAAUCAUUACCCAUGCCAAAUCUACCCGAGAGGAACGAUCAAGGAACGCAGACCGAUCCUGUUCUCGAUUAUCCUUCAAGUGUCAAUUUAGAAGAACUGGAAACGGCAUUAAAACGCUUGUACCAGCAGGUCCUAGCCGUAUUAUCUAAUUUUGAAAAAAAUGAAAGACGAUCAAUAAUGGAUAGGACAUCUGAAGAUCGAGGACUAGAUGAGAAUGAAGAGAUUUUAGCAGUAGAAGAACCGACCAUUGUUCUUCAAAAUACGUCAAGUGUUGAGCUCGAAAUGGAUGAGAUGGCUGGUGGCUUAAAAAUACGUAGAGUAUCAGCGCAGACUACUAACGCAUGUUUGCCAUUGUCGGUUAACAAUGUUGAUAUGGUUUCAAUUGGAAACGGCAAUGUCACCGUGCCUGCCAGACUAAUGGCAGAAAUCGAUUGGACUUCUCACACCUCAGCGACGAGACGAUUGUUGCAAUCCGUCUUUCCUAGAAGGAGUUCAAUUACGACAAAAUGUUCGGACGAAGCAAAGUUAUAUAGAAAUCGUCAACGGUACAGAAAAAAGCGCGAACAACAAAACCGAGAGAACGUCCCGCCAUCUUCUGCGACAUCGGGCGAAUCCACCACUGUUUGA